AAUCUAAAAUAUUGUUGUUUACGAGAUCCUCUUGCGAAAAUUCUUUAUUUUUUCGCUACGAAGAAAGACUACGACUUUAGCAAAGGUUAUCAAUUAASUGUUUUGUGCCACUGGAUUUGAAUGACAUGAAAUCGCUGGCCGAAGUCAAGUCCAAUUCGAGUAAAUAAGCUGCAAAUCGAUAGUUCUUGGCAAGCCCUCCAGCUCAAGCUUUAUCGAACUUUAUAGUCUAGUCAAAUGGAAGGACAACAAUAUGACAAUUUUAUUGCUAAUUACACAGGCCGACGUCCAGCUCCACUGUCGGCCUUAGAUAAAUUCUUAAACUGUCUUCGAGAUGGAGAUCUUGUAACGGCAAAAAAGUUAUUCACGGAGAAGAAAUUUAAUCCUAACGCCAGUGCACCAAAUCGCACGGGGCAUGCUCCUGGUAUUGCUGCWAUACACAUUGCAACCAGGGAGGGUCAUUUAGAUUGUGUUGAAUUCUUAGUGGAAAAUGGUGCAGAUGUCAAUCUUACUGAAGCAAGAAGGAAAACACCACUGCACUUUGCAGCAGGGGGUGGCCAUUUAGAGCUUGUAAAGUUCCUCGUUAAACACAAAGCUGCUCUUGACUUGAUUGACAAGUUUGGACGRACACCSAUAGUAUGGGCAACUUCAGCCCAACACAUUGACGUGGUGAAAGAGCUGUUAGAAGCUGGUGCUUCGAUAAGUCAGGGAAAUUGGCAUCCUCUACAUGAAGCUUGCAAAAAUGGCAACUUGCAAAUUGCAAAGACAUUGAUUAGUGCUGGUGCCCCAGUUAAUACACCAAGCGAAUUUAAAGGUUGCAAACCUUGGUCUCCACUACACAUAGCAACCCGUGAAGGUAACUUAGAUUGUGUCAACAUGCUCAUCGAUGCUGGUGCAGACGUUCAAGCAAAGAAUGCUGGCGGCCAUACUUCACUCCAYGAGGCAGCAUAUAGAGGAUUUACUGGGAUUGUUAAGAGACUUCUUCAAGAAAAUGCAAAUUCUAACAGCCAGAAUAACCAGAAAAGAACUCCCUUGCAUGAAGCGUGUGCUCAGGGUAAAGUAUCUUGUGCACUUUGUCUACUUGAUGCUGGAAGCAAGCCAAACUCUCAAGAUAUGAUUUUUGAAACACCUCUUCACCUAGCAUUGCGUGCUAGACACCCUCCUCCAACUGCAAUUGCUCUUAUGACUGUCUUAUUGCAAUAUGGUGCUUCGCCAUCCCUUAUUGGUAACAACGAUGAGACACCAUUUGAUAUUUUAAUUGACACAAGUCAAACAGAGUGCUUGGAAAUGUUGGAAGAUGCAUUAGAAAACCCAAGGACACUGAAGCAAAUGUGUAAAGUCCUCAUUCGUCGAAAGUUGAAAUUCAGCUUAGGCAACAAAGUAAAUCGUUUACCCCUCCCCCUGCCAGUACAGUAUUAUCUUACUGAUGAUGACAUUGAGGACGACUUACGAGGAGAAUGAGUCUCCUCUCUAAAGGAAACCGAACUUCAUGUCUUGUCUUUGACAAAGGAAGCCUAGUUCACAGCAGAGGAUGCUAACAGUCCAUUUUACAGUUCUUUAGGCCCAACCACUGUCUCGCUUUGUUGAAAACACUUUGUGACCUUUCAGGACRGCACUUAGAAUUGUAAAAUAGAGUAUUCUUACAGUAACAAUAUUUUUGAAUUUUCCUUUCACAAUAAUUGCAACAAUGUUUAUUAUUCUAGUAACCAAUCCAGCUCAUUGUUUAUUAAAUAAACUAGUAUUUAAUUAGCACRUGCUGUAAGUUCUGUAAGUGCUGUAUUUCAAAUGCAUUUUUUAAUAUAAAGUAUUUUGUAUUCAA